GGAGCUCGCUUACCGGUACAUCUGAGUGAAGGGGGAGCCAGUGAUGGGCGGCGUGGAGCAGGGGACUCCGCCCUCUCUUUAAAAGAGACGGGCGGGGGUGCAGACGCGGCGAAGUCAGCUCUCACCCGGGCGCGUCACUGGUUCCGAGUGUGAGACCAAAAGCGAGCGAAGGAGCCGAGCCGAGACGACACAUCAAUCUCAAGCAUGCGUGAAUGUAUCUCCAUCCAUGUUGGCCAGGCUGGUGUCCAGAUGGGCAAUGCCUGCUGGGAGCUGUACUGCUUGGAGCAUGGCAUCCAGCCAGACGGACAGAUAGUAAGUGACAAGGGCGUCGGAGGAGGAGACGACUCCUACACUACGUUCUUCAGCCAGACUGGAGCUGGUAAACACGUUCCCAGGGCAGUGAUGGUGGAUCUAGAACCUACUGUGAUAGAUGAGGUCCGUACCGGUAUCUAUCGGCAACUCUUCCACCCUGAGCAACUCAUCUCUGGCAAGGAAGAUGCUGCCAACAAUUACGCUCGUGGGCACUACACCAUUGGCAAGGAGUUGAUUGACUCCGUCUUGGACAGAAUCCGUAAACUGGCUGAUCAGUGCACAGGACUCCAGGGAUUCCUCGUCUUCCACAGCUUUGGCGGAGGCACUGGCUCUGGUUUCACCUCUCUGCUGAUGGAACGUCUCUCUGUUGAUUUUGGUAAGAAGUCCAAGCUGGAGUUCUCCAUCUACCCAGCUCCGCAAGUCUCCACCGCAGUGGUUGAACCCUACAACUCUAUCCUGACCACCCACACCACCCUAGAGCAUUCAGACUGCGCCUUCAUGGUGGACAAUGAGGCCAUCUAUGACAUCUGCCGGAGAAACCUGGACAUAGAGCGCCCAAGUUACACCAAUCUUAAUCGCCUCAUUAGUCAGAUUGUGUCGUCUAUCACAGCCUCUCUUCGCUUUGACGGUGCCCUGAAUGUUGAUCUGACAGAGUUCCAGACCAAUUUAGUCCCGUACCCACGUAUCCACUUCCCUUUGGCUACCUAUGCCCCUGUGAUCUCAGCUGAGAAGGCUUACCAUGAACAACUGUCUGUGGCUGAGAUCACCAAUUCCUGCUUUGAGCCAGCAAACCAGAUGGUGAAGUGUGAUCCUCGCCAUGGCAAGUACAUGGCUUGUUGUCUGCUUUACCGGGGUGACGUGGUGCCAAAAGAUGUCAAUGUUGCCAUUGGUGCCAUCAAAACCAAACGUAGCAUCCAGUUUGUUGACUGGUGCCCCACUGGUUUCAAGGUUGGCAUCAACUACCAGCCUCCCACUGUGGUGCCCGGUGGUGACCUGGCCAAGGUGCAGCGUGCAGUCUGUAUGCUGAGCAACACCACUGCCAUUGCUGAAGCCUGGGCUCGCCUUGACCACAAGUUUGACCUGAUGUAUGCCAAGCGCGCAUUUGUGCAUUGGUAUGUGGGGGAAGGGAUGGAGGAGGGGGAGUUCUCCGAGGCCCGGGAAGACAUGGCAGCCUUGGAGAAGGAUUAUGAAGAGGUUGGCAUUGACUCAUUUGAGGGUGAUGAAGAGGGGGAGGAAGAGUAUUAAUUAACACUUCAUAAUCAACACACAAUCUGAAAAAUGAGGCUCAAUUUUAUUUCUUAACAUUCUGAAAGUUCACAAGAUGGUAUGUCUGUACUGGACUUUUAUUUUCUGAUAUUUAAUAAAAGAAUAUUUGGAGCCAA